AUCUCCUGACCCGACUUGGUUACUCCGGUUUUGUCGAUGAUAAACGACAACAUUGUCGCUCGGGAAAAAACUAUUCCGAUUCAGAAUAUAUUAAGUGGUUUUCAGUUAACCGUCACUGGGCGUAUUUUAGUGACAAAGAAAACCACAGGAAGCAACAAUGAAUUUGAGUCGGGGAAAAAGUUGCUAGCCUAGUUGGCAACAAGGCGCUACUAAUAUUAGCAGGCUAACGUUAACAAACACCGAUGUAGCCUCAACAAACAUGGAUUUCUACCCAAGGUGAAGAAGCGAGCAUGAACGCGGACAUCUAGACACACAGGGACGAUACAAAAAGGUGAAAGUAAGAGAUUAUGAGUGGAAAGUGGUCGGAGGCACCUUGUGGAAGUUAUGCUCAGCAACCUUCUCAUCGUAACACAGGCACAGGUGCAACAGCUGAAUGGAAAAGUUCAGCUCCGUCAAAGCUUACUUUGCGCCACAUAGAAAACCAUAUUGUGGCUGGUCCAGGUACAGCAGUUGUCUUGGACUCUGUAAUGGACUGCUCCCAAAAGAAAUAUACCAAGACAACUAGUCAAAGAGAUGGCAGCCAAUUUGAAAAACCAGAGGAGUCCUUAAAACCCAGGAUAAAUGGUCAGCUAAGUCCAAAAAAGAGCAGUUCCCGCAGUCCAUUGAGAAAUGCUACCCAGGACUGCAAUGUACACAAAAACAGUGUUGAAUUCCAGGAACCACUGGCCUCUUAUAGGGAGGCCACCCCUCCACCCUAUACAUCCUCUCAGUUGGAGGCCCACCAUUUGCAGUCAGUGCCAGGAUCUUCGCUUCCAUCGUCUUCACUCUUGUCUGGUCGGCAGCUGUUGAGCCAUGUACCCUACAGGAAUGACAGAUGGGAUGUACGAAUGGACAGAGAUUUUGACCAUUUAAGAUCAAUUCCUUUGGCUAGUAACAAUGCCUCCUACCUCAAUGACCAGCCUGUUCUGGACACUCAGAAGUCACUUUCAUACAGUUCACCCUCACCCGAUGUGAGAUUUCCAGAAGGGAAGAUGGCUAAAAAUGAUCCCCUUACCAAAGUGCAGUUCUCACAGAGCUUGGAUAGUGAAGAUUCCAGCACCUGUGCUACAUCUGUGCAAUGUUCAGUUCACAGAGGGGACAGUUCGGUUUCUUCUAGCCCGGGUUCUGUGUCCCUGCGGUUGCGGAACUUGAGGCGCCAUCAGGCUGAUGAUAAGCUGGAGAAACUCAAAGAACGAAUACGACGACAGCGGCAACAUCUCGAAGAAGCUGCGGAGAAAGAUAAACUGGCUGGUUAUUUGGAGAAACCCAUUAUAGCAGGCAAGGCAGGUAACGGCACAGACAGGCCUUCAACCAAAAUUCGUAAAAGGGACACUGCUGCCCCGGCUCCUGUGUUUAAAGGUUUUAACAGCACACAGAUUCAUAUCCAGACUCCUGAUGGCAAAGUCUUAAAAGAGGAGGACUUCCAUAAUUUUAGCAGGGAAAUUUACAAAGAUCUAUCGCAGAAGUUAACUGAUGUUCAAAAAUCCAAGGUUCAACAACAUAGUAAACCGAGAUCAGAUCGGUCUAAAGAGAGAAAGGCUCCCAGCGCUGCUGCAAAGGUCCACAGAGCCGUCUCUGAACAGAACCCAAAAUCAGUGAUAAGCCCUGCUUCAUGGAGGGAAGGUCAGAAACUUGUGAAAAUGGUUCUUGGUCCAGCUUCUAAAGUGACCAGGGAGGAUGGGCACCUGACAAAUGGGGGACUGAACCAAACAGCUUCACGUCCCUCCUCCAGUUCAGCCUCACGCUCAAAAUCUAACCGGGAUUCAAGGCAUAACAGCAGAGAAAGGUCCCAAAGUGCAGAUCGAGGUCAAAGCAGCUGCCGAGUCAAAACAUCUGGAGCGCAGGAUAAACCGUCAGAAUGUGUAAAUUCGAACUUGUUGUCAGCCGACAUCCAAGGUAUACUCAAUGAUCUCCAGCUAGAAUGUGAAGCUGCAGAGCAGAACAAUGAAAGAAGGAGAGGACGGUCAGUGUCCAGAAGAAGAGCCCCAGUGUCAGCCUGGGGACCAACUGCGGCAUCGAUGGGUCCUACAAAAAGCAAGCAGAAGGCCACCUCCGCAUCUGAACCAGAAGGGUCUGCUAAACUGACAAACCCUGGUCCCAAAAAGCGGCACUAUGAUGCAGAUGCUGUCCGCCUGUAUAUUGCCAAGCAGCAAGAGGAAAGAAGGCGACGCCAAGCAGAAGAGAGACAAGCAGUGACAGAAGAGAUGGAGAAAAGGAACCAGAGGUUGCAAAAACUGUAUAGAACACAAAGGGAAGUUGCAAAAGCACCUGUUCCAAGCGAAGUGUCCGUGGCUCCCAUACAAAACCGCCUUCAUGAGACCUAUAAUAAACUACUGUCCGAAGAGGCACAGUUGGACUCUGAGGCUAGUCAGAUACAAUCAGCUGCACCUUCUUUUCAACUGGGUCCGAUGUACCAGCCAUCAGGGGAGUCUGAUAAAGAAAAUGUAAGAGUGGAGGCACCACAAAGUCCCUCCAGCAGUGAUCGCUCUUUGAAUGAUCAACAAGCCCCAUCUGUUACUAGGAAUUUUUCGGGUCUUGGGUUUGAGACCUCCACUCUUCGAGGUGUGCCGCAACCCUGGGACCCUUCUGCACCAGCUGUACGGAGUGCACCGUCCACACAGUUACGCAUUGAAGCGCUUAAAGCGACAGCAACCUCCCUUUCUAAUCGGGUUGAGAAUGAAGCCAGGAACCUUGCUGGUCAGAGAAUCAACUUUGGUGUUGAUACCUCAGCAGGGAUGGACAGUGCUUUAAACCCUGGGUACUUGCACGCAAUGAUUGGUGCAGGAGAUUGGGAGGGAAGAGAAAGUGACGUGCCUUUACGAAUCCAGAGAAUUUUGUCUGGCAUAGGUCAUAGCUCUUCGAAUGACAGGGAUCUUCCAGCAUCAGAGAAUUUGAAUACAUUCAGGGAACAAAAGGAACAGAGUGCUGUUCAGACAAAUUUCCCAAGUCAACUACCAGCUUUUAAAAAUAGAGACCAAGAUGCGACUUCUGCCAGAUUCAUGACAGACAGAGCAAAGUUGGUUAACGGUUUUGGCGGUGCAGAAAAAACAAUGUCACAAAAGAAAGAACCUGCAGAUUCUGAUAUGUACAAAAAUCAUACCAAUCUUCCAGAAUCAAGUGGCAGCUCCAUCAGUGAGGGCACCCUCCUUAGUGAAGGUGAAGGUGCCCUCUCUGAUCGCGGAAGCCCUGCUCAUCUCUCUAACAGUUUACAUGGACCACAGUAUGGUGUAGAUAGAGGUCACAAAUUGGACUUCCACCACCUGCUGGAGUUUCAGAAAGAAGCUGCAAAGUACUCAGGCCUCACUUCAUCAUUUACACAGCAGGACCAGGGUAAAGCUGCCUGGGAGGAACUGAACAAUGGAAGUCCUCUAAGUGUAAUCAACAUCUUCACAAAGAACUUUCAAAAUCAAGCAGAAGUUAGUGAGAGGAACUCUCGAUCAGCCCGUUCAAGUCACUGCAGUAGCCCUGAAAAUGCAGGAAUUGUCGAAAAUGACUUCCACAGUAGUGCAACCAAUGAUCAUUCACACCCGGACUCGAAGUCGCACAGCCGCUUCGAACUGCAGAGAGGUUCCUCCUUUGAGAGAUAUUCAAGUUCCUUCAAUUCCCACCACUCAUCAGCUCAAUCACCACAUCUUUCUGCUGGCUCUGACUCCUCCCCCGUCUUGAAGUUCAGCAAUGGAAAAUUAGGUCCUGCAUCAGACCAGAGUGGUGGGACUCUUGUCGGAGAGGACAGGAGCCUAAGCUCAUCUCGAUCAAAAGUCGUAUCCCCUGAGAGCAGGCCAGACAGCCAGAACAACAGUUUUCACUGCAGUGAUCCUUUGCCUCACCAAAGUUUGGGACAAGAUAAUACAAAGUCCUCUGCAUCAAGGCCCUUAAUAUCUCCCUCUGGCAUCCUGCACCAUGAUUCACUCCAAAGAGCACAACCUGCAAGUGAGCCUCUAAGAACUAACUCUUGGAUGGGGACAAAUAAAAUGAAAACCAUCUCCUCAGAGGAUGUAGAAGCUACAGCAACAGGUGGACUUCAGUAUUCCCCAGCGGUCCUGCACCAGCAGAUGACAGCCGAACUUCAAAACCUUGAAUCCAUUGAGGAGUGUGCUCGGCAACUGGAGGAAGUUGAAAGGCUGAUGGGUGUUUCUAUGGCAAAGCAGGAGACAGCGUCGAUGGCCCAAAUGCUCCUGGCCAAUCAACAGCGCCAUGAGCGUGACAUUUACGAGCUGAAGAUCAAAGCUGAAAGAGAAGCUCUUGAGGCGCAGCUGCAGCUGGAGGAAAACAAGAAACGAGUUGCAAUGGCUCACAUGCAACUGCAAGAAGCUGUGACUCAAAAAGAGACGUUGGAAGAUCUCCAAGAUGCCACCACAAAGAUGUUGAAUCAACAAGCUGAGGCAGCUCGACACAAUGCUGAUGCUGCCCGGCACAUUAAGGAGAUGGCAGAAAUGGCCCGCUCUCAAGUCUCUGGAGCCUUGACUGGCCCUCCUUUGGCUGCUAAUUCUUCCAUAUGGAGCCGACAUACAUGGGAAGAAAAUUCCAGAUCUCCAAAGCGAAACGAUACUUCUGAUUCUGUCAGCUCAACCAGCAGAACCAGGCCAGAAAAGCCAGUGUCAUCAAGUCUCAGUCACCCUGACUCUCCACCCCUCUCAAGAUCCAACCAAAGCAGCCACCAAAGCCCUUCCAAUGCAUCAGCUGACCAUGCUGAGCCAGCGAAAAAAGAGGAGUCCAAUUUCUGGAAAAGGGGGAAUGACAUGAAGAAACGAAGGGAAACUGGCAGCAGCUCGAUUGAGGAGGAAAUACCCACAGCUGCCAACGAUUCCCUCUGCAGUGACAGCAUUCCAUCAAUUGUCGAAGAAAAAGGUGACACAACCUCAGUGGCCACAGAGUACUCCAUGAGGUUUGAUAAUUCGAUGACAGAGGAUGAGUUAGAAGAGCAAUCCUUCCGCUCACUUUUGCCCUCUGAGGGACACCGUCGAGAGACUUUGGAGAAGAAGUCUCAUCUGGAAGACUCUGAGGUUUCUGGUCCUGGACGUAGUGCGAUGUUACCAUCAGGCUCACUUCUUAUUUUGAAGGAGUCAACCAAGACUUUCUUUGGUGCACAAGACAGCUUUUCUCAGUUUACAAUGGACAUGGUGCGACAAUACAUGAAGGACGAGGACGUUAGACUGCAACAUCAAAGCUCUCUGCUGGCACUACGCCAGAAAGCUCUCAAGGAAAAUAUCCGAACUGAGUUGGCGUGGUUAGAGCACCAGAAAAAAAAGCUGAGGGAUAAGGGAGAGGAUGAUAAGAUGCCACCUAUCAGGAAGAAACAGAGGGGUCUCCUGAUCCGACUUCAGCAGGAGCAGGCUGAGAUCCGGCGUCUUCAAGAGGCUAACAAGGCAGCAAGAAAAGAAGGACAGCUCUUGUUAAAACAGCAGGAAGAGAUUGAGCGGAUGAGAAACUCAACGUCAAAACUAAAGGAGCGUUUGAAAAGCGCAGGCUAUAAUGCACCAUCUGAGCCUGCAUUGUCAGAUACCCCAGUCUCUGAGGCAGCGUCCAUUACCACAAGACACACAGAUGAUGGCCGCUCUCCCUCUCCCGCCCUUUCUGUAUCUGGAAGUGAAACCAGCAGCAUCAUGCAAAAGCUGAAGAAGAUGCGCUCUCACAUGGAUGAAAAACUCUGUUCCCCUGUCCAUUAUUUCUUCUCUGUGUUCACGGCCCAACAUUGGGCCUCCCUCAGUGUUUGCCUCCCCAAACUUCACCCUAAAUUCCAGCUAUUUAUCUUCAACCAGUUGGUCAGGUUUCUGACUAAGCGGGAACAGCAGCUGAUGCAGAGACGCCAUCAUGCUGAGGAGUUGCUGCAGUGGAAACAACGUCUGGACCAGGAGGAAGCAGAAGUUCAAAGGAUAGAAAAGGAGGCACUUGCUGGAUGGGACGGGGAUGGUGUCAAACCUGGGAGUCAGAAACUCAAAAUUUCUGCUCUCAGUCCCACUCACCUUCCAAACUUGGAACCUAAAACGGACAGCGAAAAAGAGUAUGCGAGUGAGGCUGACAUUUCCUCUGCAACACCAGAGUCCAGCAUACACACAGAACCUCCAGCAGCAGGACGUGGCCCCUCAGCAGGACUAGAGACGGAGCCGGACUCACCUCUAACCUCUAUCCAGACCAGCUGUGCAAAUUACCCCCAAGACUUCACUUCCCUUUCAUCCACAACAACCAGACAAUCUUCAGCGGCGAGAGACAGUGCCAAAGCUUUUAUCUUUCUAAAUGACGACGGAAGAAAAACAGUUUUUAGCCAGGGCUCUCAGAUUCAUGAUGAGAUCCAAUCUCUUGUUGAAACACCUCGUCUAACACACACCGAAGCUAGCUCAGACCAGAGUGACAUAGAAACCCGCAUCAAAGUUUUGAAAGAAGAACUGAGAAAGCGAAAGUUAAUGGCUUUGCAGCUCAAGAGAGAGCAGAAGAAGCGGCAAAAGGAGCAUCUUAAAGCCAAGGAGGCCAGUUUACUCAAAGAGUUAGAGAGCUACGAUGUAUACAUUGAGAAAACAAAGGCUGAACUCAACAAACGGGCAGAUUUGACUGUUGAAACAAAGAGCCUGAGUAAAGUACCCACUUCUAUAGCUAAGCAGAAAAAUGUCAAUGCGCCAUCUCAAAGAUAUGAAACCAGCAAGGUCCCUGAAAAAAUCUAUUCUUCAAUUGACAAAGACCUUGACAAGUCUACAUCAGUACCCGAAGAACUGUCAGCUGAAGACCAACGCACUCUGACUCCCACUCCAGUGAAUUCGGCAUCGGGUCACAAGAGCCAUCAGUCCAUUCAGAAUCAGCAGAGACUUGAUGAUGUGAACAUCAUUUCUGAUGUUCGAUCUCUUCAAGAUGAGCUUGAUCUCGACCUCACCAGCACGACUGAAAAUCUGAAUUCUCCAUCUUCGCAACCAUCAAGCCAACUGGAAAACAAGUCUGGCAAGCUGCAUUCAGUGAAAAGUGCUGACUGGGCCAUCAUGAAGGCGCAUCCGUGUUCUACCAUUGACAAGGAUAAACAAUCAAAAGAUAGGUUUGAGUCAGAACAGAUUAUCAAUUCAAAGAGCAUAUCACCACCUGCUGAAGUGGGUCUUGAGACUUCACAUGAUGUCGGUACCUGUUCUCCACAGUCACAAGAGAACAAGGUGUCCUUUGCCCAUGUUGACAGAUAUACUGAUGAUUUUGAGUCUGCGGUCGAUUCCUCACACCAUAGCUCUAAUGUUGCCUCUGAAAUAUCCGAACCUCCAGCUCGGAUCAAGGCCCAUGCUGAAAGAGUGGUGGUGAAAGAUAGCCGAGAUGAUGAGCUGGAGGAGGAAAUAGCUGAGGAGCAAAGUAUCCACUGUGUUGACACUAGUGAGGUCAGUCACGAUUCAGUUAGACUGCUUGUUCUGGACCGGCCAGCUGAAGAGUCCACUCGUUCCCAAACACCAUCUAUGUUACCAUCACAGGGACAACGCUCUCCUGACAAAGAUGAAAUGCCAACAUUUAACAUUGCCGACAGAGUUCUUCUUGGAGGUGUACAGCCUGGCACCCUGAGAUUUAAAGGCCCCACCAGCUUUGCAAAUGGAUACUGGGCCGGUGUGGAGCUGGAUCAGUCGCAAGGGAGCAAUAACGGCACCUACGAUGGAGUGGUUUACUUCAAGUGUGCCGAGGGUCACGGUAUCUUUGCUCCACCGGACAAGAUCACACAUCUGCCUGCCAAAUUUGAGAGCUAUACAGAAACCACAGACGAGGAGGAUUUCUUUUUUGACGAUUUAUCAAAAAAAGGAGGGAAUAAGAAUGGCAUGGAUGCAUUUUCCCAAAUGGAGAACAACAACAAACAAGAGCAUAAAAGUGAUGGCUUCAGAGACAAAUAUGUGACAGAUGAUUGUGUUCCCAGCGAUCAAAAUCAUGUUUCAACUCGGCAACAUCCAGUGUUGAGAGAUGGGAGCGGUGACAUCAUACUGGAGUUAGAAGAUGCACCAACUUCGAAAGAGACAUUGUUUCUCGACAAGAGCAGUGAUGUUAUCUCUAAUCACCACAUCUUGUUUAAAGCAACUGACGGUGUGUACAACGAUCAAUCCUUGCUUGACAAGGUCACAGAUAAGAUCGUAAAAAGCCUUGUGGCCGACACAGUCACUGAACUCGCUCAGAUUAAAAAAGCUAAAGAGCAGAAAAUUGCAGCAUCUAGCCGAGCAUCAGGCCAUGUGGUGGCAAAUGAAGAGGAGUCGAUGCCAACAGUGGAGCAGAAAGACGGCCUUCCCUUCUUUCUACCUGGCGAACAAAAUGAGCUGUUGUCUCCCGAACUCUGCAACCAACCGGAAAGUCCUGUGUUGGGGGCUAGUGGUCAAGAGGAACUUGCCAAACGACUCGCUGAGUUGGAACUAAACCGCGAACUGCUGGAUGAGCUUGGUGAUGAUCAGGACUGGUUCGAUGAGGACUUUGGUCUGAGCUCACGUCGUGAGGCAGAGAGACUCAAACAGAGGGAAGAAAAGGCAAAGGUGGGAGGGGGACUGGGCCGGUCCACACCAUCCGAGGAUGGGGACCAGCAGGCUAAAACUCCACCCAGACCGGCUCUGCCCCUUCCCCUUCCUCCUAAACUUCCAGAGCAGCCCGCUAUGGUGGUACCACACUCGGCCACCGAAGUGGAGAAGAUGGUUCAUGUUGCCGUUCAGGAGAUCUGGGAGAACUGUGGUCUUGCCAAGCAGCUAACACCAACACUUGCUAAUGUGCCCCGUCCAGAACCCUCACUCCAGUAUUUGGGCUCUGAGGCCAGUGCUCAGGACCAAGAGGCCCUCUGCAUCCGCAGCUACAGAAAGGCUGUGUACGACCUGUCAUGGGAAAUCCUUCGAGAGAUUUAUGCAGAAGACCCUGAUGAGGUUCGGCCUCUAUGGGUUAAACCUCGUCGGGUUAAGUGCUCCCUUUUCCACAGGGUUAAGACACCAGGGGACAUUGCUACAGUCCAGGACUUUGUCACAGCAGAGGUACUGAAACUGUACGGUCUUUCGAAAGAGCCUAGCCAGAAGACUGACUGGCAGAAAAUGCUGAAAUUUGGCAGAAAGAAGCGGGACAGAGUUGAUCACAUACUGGUCCAAGAACUUCACGAGGAAGAGUUUCAGUGGGUCAACUACGACGAGGACGAGCUGUUUGUCAAGAUGCAGCUGGCCGACAGCAUCUUUGACAUGCUUCUGAAAGAUACCGCUGAUGUUCUCAAUGAAAUCUCGCAAAAGAGGACACAAAAAAACUCUUGACACAAGCUGAAAACUUCCUUUCCUUCCUAAACCCGCCCCCUCAUCCUGCUUCGUCUUCCAUGAGCUGAUUCCACGAGAUGAUGUGCCGACAGCAUCGUAGUUGCCUUCACUCCCAACAAUACCUCUGAGACACAACUCCAUUUUGUGGCAUCAAUAACUGCCACAUGUACUUUGAGUAUCUACACCUUUGUACCUGCUGAGCGCCUUCUAAACAACCAGCCUACUUUAUACUGUCAACUCUCCCGCCUCCGUGGACUGGUCCUCAAGUUACAGCUGGAGAGGGAGGAGACACAAUAAUGGAAUGAACUGUGUUGACCAUCAUUGCUGCUAGAAAACUGCUUCGACGUGAACGUGACAAUUCACCCGGAACAAAAAUAGCUCCAUGAGUAAAAUCCAAAAUUGUAAUUGUGUAGCAGUGUAAUGUAGUGAAGGCGACGGGUCAAGCUUUCUGUUGGGACUGUAGGGUGACAGUGUUUACAUCAUAGCACUGCUGUUGAUGCUGUUUCAUUUGUGGUCCACUCGAACUUGCCUUAUAUUUAAAGACCUUCACUUAUCAAGUGACUGACUUCAUCAGGUAAAAGUACUUGCUUCUAAAUGUAUGUUGUAAUACAAACAAAUUGAUUUGUACUUUUAUAAAAUAUGUGUAAAUGUGAUAGGCUGAUUCUUGUGGACGAGCUGAACGACACCUGUGACACUGAUCUAAUAAUCCAUAUUGUACUACUCUAAAACAUAAAGAUUCAGUAUUGAAAAAAUAAUUUAUUGUGUAAAAAUGUUUUGAUCAGAGGUGAAUUUGGAAAUGUGUAUGGGUUUGUCUAAAUGUAUUUAAAUGUGUAAAUCAAAUCUAUUCUAUUGUAAAAGCACAAACAGUAAUGUGAAUGUAAAUCAGAAUGAAGCCAUGAGGAAGGUAAAAGAUGCAAAAAAAGUUAUUUUUAUGGUUCUGGACAUUAAAAUGUCCCACAUCUGUGCUUUAUGUUGAUGAAAUGAAAAAUGUUUCUGAUGGAAAAUAUGUGUUUUAUGCUGCUCAUUGUCAUUUUUGUUUUGGCAUUGAAUUGCAAACAUGAUAUAGGAAGCGCUGCCCAAAGAAUGGCAGAAGGUUUGACUCAAUUUAUGUAAAUCUUUCGGACCGAACUGCUGCAUUUGAACCUCAUCCAGUCUUCAACCUAGAAGCCGCCUCCGUUUUCAAUUUUGAAAAUGUGAUGUCUUGAUUCAUUUUGACUUUGUAGAAAUCCAACCGUUCAAAUCCAGUCUACAGCUACACUUGCGCUCAGUUCACUUCCAGUGCCUUCAUGUUCCGUUGUAAACUUCUCUGUUCGGUCCUUCCUGUGAAUGUCACUUUCAACUGCUGUACAUAAUGUUUUAUCACCCUUAAAUUAUUCACCUUGCUCAUCCCACCGACAGAGCUGUCAGAAGUUGAAAAGAAAGUAAUUACCCGUCACAUAAUAUCCGUUUGUAUUGGCAAAGUUGGCUCAUUGCAUAGUCUGUCUUGAAGCAGUUUCCAGUACUUAGUCAUCUUAUACUGAAGUCUACUCUGCUCUCAACUAGCUUUCUGAACCUGUCGGAGCAGCCGUGUAAACUUUAAGUGACCUUGUAUUUUGGUCAGCUGGCAUUUUUAACAUCUGUCCAGGUUCAAAGUUUGUUGAUCAUCAUUCAAUCCUGCAUUAAACAUUUACCUAACAUCCUCCUUUGCUUUACUCCAAGCUUUCAUAGAUUGCCCUGGAACUGAUUGUAUGUGGGAGGAAGGCCCUACCUUUUCUAAACUAUGCAGUACCUGAUGUGUCCUUUUAUACACAAUAUUGUCACUUCCAUCUGGUUUCAAAAAUCUGGCUACACAAAUCACCGUGCUCUGAAUUGUCAUUUGCUUCUUUUUUGUUGCGUAUAUUUAUGAUAGCAAUGUGUGCCGAAAGCACGAAAACGCUGCGCUUGUAAAUAUAGUGUAUCUUACCCAAUAGCUUAAGUGUAAAGUGCAAAUGUGUAAAUACUUGUUCCCCAAAUGGACUUUGAUUGUAAAUAAAGCUGU